UUAUAUAUGUAGCAUAGACACAUUUCAUAGGUUUCUUCCAGCGUUUUUGUCUUUCUUUUCUAUACAUUCUAUAUGGUUUAUUGGGUUUAGCCUGCUCAGCAUCUUAUUCAGUUCAAUGAUAUAAUUCAUUUGGAUUGCGGAAUGAUGGCGUAGGAGUGGUACUCCUUUAAUAUAUCUGAAAACAAAGGAUUGGCUUUUUUUUGGGAAAAAAAAAGAGAGCUUUUGAAGAGAGCCCAGGCAUCAUCUUCUGGUUGAUAAAAGGACAAAAACGCAGAUGGUGAGAUGCUCUUCUUCACACGAUUUGAUCUCUCUUCUUACUUGAUUCAUCGACAUCAUCGACAAAGCCACCGACUCAGCUUGAUUCUCACGUCUCUCCUUCACGAACAACCCAGCUUUCCAAACAAUGGGCUUCACUCCUUUUCUCAAUAGCAUUACAGCUUAUUCUUCUUCAUUAUCCGCCGGACAACUACAUUUCUUCCUUCUGGGGACAAACCAAGGUUUGCCCAUAUUGGAACUAUCCUCCAUUUGCAUCAAUCUGACACUUCUCAUAGUUUUCCUUUUCCUAAUAUCUGCAAGGCAAAUACUUGUCUUUAUCCAUCAAACUCGAUUUCUUAAGGAGGAUUAUGUUGGGAAUUCAAGCCCAACCAGGAGAAGCAUUAGUGUUGAUGGUGAAGUUCGGGGCGCUAUAGUCGGUACUGGGUUUAAAUUCUCUGUAUUUUGUUGUUUCUAUGUACUGCUUGUGCAAGUUGUGGUGCUAGGAUUCGAUGGAUUUGGUUUAAUAAGGGAGGCUGUUGAUGGGAAAGUUGUGGAUUGGUCUGUUAUUUCCUUGUCUGCUGCUCAAGGUUUAGCUUGGUCUGUGUUGAGUUUUUCAGCUAUCCAUUGUAAGUUUAAGGGGUUGGAGAAAUUCCCCUUGUUGUUGAGGGUAUGGUGGGUUAUUUCUUUUGUGAUUUGCCUGUGUAAUCUGUACGUUGAUGGGAGAUCAUUCUUAGUGGAUGGUUCGAACCACUUGACUUCACAUGUACUGGCCAAUUUUGCUGUGACCCCAGCUCUUGCAUUUCUUUGCUUUGUAGGAAUUAGGGGUGCAACCGGUAUAGAAGUGUAUAGAAAUCCUGAUCUUCAGGAGCCUUUGCUUGAAGAAGAGGCAGGCUGUCUUAAGGUAACUCCUUAUAGUGAUGCUGGACUCUUUAGUUUGGCUAUACUUUCUUGGCUUAAUCCACUUCUUUCAAUUGGUGCAAAGAGACCGCUUGAGCUUAAGGACAUUCCCCUUCUUGCACUAAAAGAUCGAGCCAAGACUAAUUAUAAGGUUUUGAAUUCGAAUUGGGAAAAACUGAAGGCUGAAAACCAGUCAAAGCAACCUUCUUUGGCUUGGGCAAUUUUGAAGUCAUUCUGGAAGGAAGCAGCUGGUAAUGCUGUAUUUGCUUUGCUGAACACUAUUGUUUCCUAUGUGGGCCCAUACAUGAUAAGUUACUUUGUUGAUUACCUAGGAGGGAAGGAGACUUUCCCUCAUGAAGGUUAUGUACUUGCUGGAAUAUUUUUUGUAUCCAAGCUCAUAGAGACACUGACGACCAGGCAGUGGUAUCUCGGGGUUGACAUUUUGGGUAUGCAUGUUAGAUCAGCUCUAACGGCAAUGGUCUAUCAAAAGGGGUUGAAGCUCUCAAGCUUAGCUAAACAAAGUCAUACCAGUGGAGAAAUUGUUAAUUACAUGGCAGUUGAUGUUCAAAGAGUGGGGGAUUAUUCUUGGUAUCUCCAUGACAUUUGGAUGCUUCCUUUGCAAAUAAUUCUUGCUCUUGCGAUAUUAUAUAAAAAUGUAGGUAUUGCUUCCAUUGCCACACUGGUUGCAACCGUUGUAUCCAUAAUUGUUACUGUUCCUUUGGCAAAGGUCCAAGAAGAUUAUCAAGACAAGUUAAUGACUGCCAAGGAUGAAAGAAUGAGGAAGACUUCCGAGUGUCUAAGGAACAUGAGGAUUCUGAAAUUACAAGCCUGGGAGGAGAGGUACCGUGUUAAAUUGGAGGAGAUGCGGGAUGUAGAAUUCAGGUGGCUACGAAAAGCUCUCUAUUCACAGGCCUUUAUUACGUUCAUUUUCUGGAGCUCCCCAAUAUUUGUUGCAGCUGUUACAUUUGGCACAUCUAUAUUGUUGGGAGGUCAACUCACAGCAGGCAGUGUUCUUUCCGCACUUGCCACUUUCAGAAUCCUUCAAGAGCCACUUAGGAAUUUUCCAGACCUGGUGUCUAUGAUGGCUCAGACAAAGGUCUCUCUUGAUAGAAUAUCAGGAUUCCUGCAGGAAGAAGAACUGCAGGAAGACGCCACCAUUGUUCUGCCUCGAGGAAUGUCAAAGGUGGCUAUAGAGAUCAAGGAUGGUGAGUUUUGCUGGGAUCCUUCCUCUUCUUCCAGGCCCACAUUAUCUGGAAUACAAAUGAAAGUAGAAAGCGGGAUGCAUGUGGCAGUUUGUGGCAUGGUUGGCUCUGGGAAGUCAAGCUUUCUCUCUUGCAUCCUCGGGGAGAUCCCUAAAAUCUCUGGUGAAGUUCGAGCGUGCGGUACUACUGCCUAUGUCUCUCAGUCUGCUUGGAUACAGUCUGGAAAUAUUGAAGAGAACAUUCUUUUUGGUAGUCCGAUGGAUAAAGCUAAAUACAAGAACGUUAUCCAUGCUUGUUCACUGAAGAAAGAUUUUGAACUUUUUUCACAUGGAGAUCAGACCAUAAUUGGAGAUAGGGGUAUCAAUCUGAGUGGUGGACAGAAGCAACGUGUGCAGCUUGCAAGGGCACUUUAUCAAGAUGCUGAUACAUAUUUACUUGACGACCCCUUCAGUGCUGUUGAUGCUCACACCGGCUCAGAACUAUUCAAGGAAUACAUAAUGACAGCACUAGCGAGUAAGACUGUUGUUUUUGUGACACAUCAAGUUGAGUUUCUGCCCUCUGCUGAUUUGAUACUGGUUCUUAAGGAAGGUCGCAUCAUACAGGCAGGAAAAUAUGAUGAACUUUUACAAGCAGGCACGGAUUUCAAUGCUCUGGUCUCAGCUCACCAUGAAGCAAUUGAAGCAAUGGAUAUUCCAAGUUUCUCAUCAGAAGAUUCAGAUGAAAAUUUGCUUCUCGAUGGGCCAAAAAUACUGAAUAAGAAAUGUGAUUCAGCUGGAAAUAAUAUUGACAGUUUGGUCAAGGAAGUUGAAGAUGGUGCAUCAGCUUCAGACCAGAAAGCAAUUAAAGAGAAAAAGAAAGCAAAGAGGAGGAAAAAACAGCUUGUUCAAGAAGAGGAAAGGAUAAAAGGAAGAGUCAGCAUGAAGGUGUACUUAUCAUAUAUGGCAGCUGCAUAUAAAGGCAUUUUGAUACCGCUCAUUGUUGUUGCACAAACAUUAUUUCAGUUCCUUCAAAUAGCUAGUAACUGGUGGAUGGCAUGGGCUAAUCCCCAGACUGAAGAAGACGAAGCAAAAGUCAGUUCUAUGGUCCUACUUGUUGUUUAUAUGGCCCUUGCAUUUGGGAGUUCUUGGUUUAUAUUUGUCAGGGCUGUUCUGGUAGCUACGUUCGGUCUAGCAGCUGCACAAAAACUGUUUCUCAAUAUGCUUAGAAGUGUAUUUCGUGCUCCAAUGUCUUUUUUUGAUUCAACUCCUUCUGGGCGCAUCUUGAAUCGAGUGUCUAUUGAUCAAAGUGUUGUGGACCUUGAUAUUCCUUUUAGACUUGGUGGGUUUGCUUCAACAACAAUACAGCUUCUCGGGAUUGUUGGCGUGAUGACAGAAGUUACUUGGCAAGUUCUUCUGCUUGUUGUCCCGAUGACUAUUGCUUGCUUGUGGAUGCAGGUAGUUGCUUCUAUUUACCUAAAAUUUCUGUUGUUGAGUUCGAUUGCUCUCAUAGAUCGAGAGAAAUGGAAUCACCUUAUUUACUAGUUUAUUUCUUUUAGUCUAUUCUGCUUUUCUCAUUCUUCAAGUCUGAUGAGUUGCUGCCUGCGGAUGGAGUUACUUUCAACCUUUGUAUUUGCUUUUUGCAUGAUUUUGCUCGUGAGUUUUCCACAUGGAACUAUUGAUCCAAGUAUGGCUGGCCUUGCUGUGACAUAUGGCCUUAACUUAAAUGCACGGCUAUCUCGGUGGAUACUUAGCUUUUGCAAGCUUGAGAAUAAAAUUAUUUCCAUAGAGAGGAUUUAUCAGUACAGCCAAAUUCAGAGUGAAGCUCCUCCUGUUAUUGAAAACUCUUGCCCUCCGUCCUCAUGGCCCGAAAAUGGAACAAUUGAAUUGGUUGAUUUAAAGGUUCGAUAUGGUGAAAAUCUUCCUGUGGUGCUUCAUGGGGUAUCCUGUGCCUUUCCUGGCGGCAUGAAGAUUGGAAUUGUUGGGCGUACUGGCAGCGGUAAAUCCACUUUGAUCCAAGCAUUGUUCCGAUUGAUUGAACCAGCCGGUGGAAAAAUCAUUAUAGACAACAUCGACAUUUCAACAAUUGGGCUCCAUGACCUUCGUAGCCGUCUUAGUAUCAUUCCCCAGGAUCCUACUUUAUUUGAAGGAACUAUUAGAUGCAAUCUUGAUCCUCUUGAAGAGCAUUCAGAUCAUGAUAAUUGGGAGGCACUUGAGAAGUCUCAGCUUGGAGACAUGGUUCGUGAGAAAGAACACAAGCUUGAUGCACUAGUUUCAGAAAACGGAGAUAACUGGAGCGUGGGGCAGCGACAACUUGUUUCCCUGGGCCGGGCUUUGCUCAAACAGGCAAGAAUACUUGUACUAGAUGAAGCGACAGCAUCAGUUGACACUGCCACUGACAAUCUCAUACAGAAGAUCAUCCGGACGGAGUUCAAGAACUGCACAGUCUGUACUAUUGCACAUCGUAUUCCAACAGUAAUCGACAGUGAUCUUGUUUUGGUGCUAAGUGAUGGUCGAGUAGCAGAGUUUGAUACACCGCAACGUCUCCUCGAGGAUAAAUCAUCCAUGUUUCUAAAGUUGGUAACCGAGUAUUCAUCAAGAUCCAGUGGCAUACCAGAAUUUUGAAACAGAUCGCCUGUCCCAAAAUUCUUCAACUCGGGCAUUGGAAGCUAAGGCUCUAUCCAAGAGUGAACAAGGUAUUGCUGCUUUUCUCUCACAGCACUUGACAAACUCGGUUACGAAUAGCGACCGACAGAUUUGGACAUCAAGACAUUAAACCAAAACCUCAGAGUAGAGGAAAAGUAAUUUCGACCGACAGAUUUGCACAUCAAGAUAUUAAACCAAAACCUCAGAGUAGAGGAAAAGUAAUUUCCAUGUCAAGGUAGUUAACUCAUUACCCCCUUGAGUGAAUUUGGGGUAUUCAUGCACAGUUAACGCUUAGCAACUCGGCAUACCUUAGUAGCGGAACGGAAAAUAAGCCGGAGGAAUGGUAGAGUUAAUAAAUAAUUCACUGAAGGUAAUAUUUGUUCAAAGAUG